AUGGAGAAACUUCCAGUUGAAAUGAACGAUUUCAACGCCCCCAAUACGACCAAUGAUGUCACCCAGCUGGACGGAGGAUAUCAAAAUACCGAGACCAAACAGCUGAAUAUUGUGACCCCGCUUAUUUUUGCCGCUAUCUGUUUGGUCGGUUUUGCUGGAAAUUUCCUGGUUAUUGCCGUCUUGAUCACAAAUGCAAGAAAGGGCCGCACUUCGAUGAUAAAUUCAUUAAUACUCAACUUGAGCGCGGCCGACCUCCUGAUGAUGUUGUUCUGCGUCCCCUUCAGGGCUGUUGCUUACUCCAGGCCAUUCUGGACUCUCGGUUGGUUCAUCUGCAAGACAGUGGAUUGGUUUUUCCAGAGCUGCCUGACUGCAAAAAGUUUCACCUUAGCCGUGCUGGCCAAAGCUUGUUUCAUGUACGUGUCACAUCCGUCCAAACAGGUCCAAAUCAAGCAUCAGAGAGUGGCAGUGGUCAUCAUCUCCAUCUGGGCGAUGGCGUUUAUCCUCGCGGUGCCGCACUGGCUCUUUGCAGCUAUCAGUCGUGAAGCCGAGGUGACGAUGUGCAUUCUUGACUGGCCGGAACAUGCGUCCAAUUUUCUGGCAGUUUUUGCAAAGUUGUACCCUGCGUUGGUUUACUGUCUUCCUGUGACCUGUACCUUCACUUAUCACUGGAAGGCUUUUAGGAGAUGCAAACGACGAGGAGCCAAAAACCAGAACCUGCGGAAUCAGAUCAGAGGGCGGCGACUGACCGCUAUGCUAUUCGGAGUCAGUCUGGCCUUCGCCGCCAUGUGCGCCCCGGAAUGGGUGGUGUGGCUUUGGAUUCGACACGUCCAGAAGGACGAUCCCUCGCCACCCGCAGCUUUCAUCCUGUUCUCUCAAGUCCUGGUGUUCAGUAUCUCUCCGGUCAACCCGUUUAUCUUCGUCUCGAUGUCUGAAGAGUUCAAAGAAGGUUUCAUGAGUCUGUGGAAAAGGCUGAUCUCCAGCAAGCCGCGAACAUCUCCCAGCCUCUCAGGUAGCCAACCCCAGGAGACCAGGUCGCAGAGUGUCCCGACAAACCGCCAUCAGUGCCAGGAGGAGAAAGCUGUCCAAGUCCCGGACAGUGACCCCGCUCAAGAAAAAGCAGAGAGCCCCACGAGUAAAACGGCUAACAUCGUCCUGUCCGACAUGGAACAGUUUUGGCAUGACAGACAAAACGCAGUGGCCACUGUAGAAGAAGACCCCGUCCCCUGGGAACAUCAGAGCGGAUCAGACCCUCCACUCCCUGAGAGGGGUAGAAAGAUGUGA